GUGACGGAGUUAAGUAGUUUGCAGACAUCAACUCAUUUACUCUUCAAAAAGUGCCAUGUUGUUCGCAAAACUUUCUGCCAUUUUAUAUUUUGUCGUCAUCAUCGGCGCACCAAUUUCCCAAUGUCGCACAGUGUCUGCAGGACCUGACAUCAUGGAUAUCGCAGAAAGGUUAAACCGGCUACUAAAUGGCCUCCGCGGAUACGAUCUAAAUAACAAUUAUUUAAAACUGGCGAACAUUACUGGGCCCAUCUCCUUUGGAACGCAAGUUGAACAAAUAAACAAUCGUGGCGGCUGGGGAGCAUCUUAUGCGAAAACCGACCAGAAUGGCAACCACUAUGAGCUAUCCAAUAUAGACGGUGACGUCAAUUUCGGAUCGAGAACUGUUCAGAUAGGCAAUAGCUAUCAUUAAGUUUGUACUUACAUAGACAUUGCCAUAUUUUAUAGACCUUAGACUUAGGCUUUCCAAUUAUAACACGCCAAUUCCAAAAAACUGCCCUAAUAUGUUCAGAAGUAUAACUACUCUAAUAAU